ACCUUCGAAUUUUUCAUCCUGGAUCUAAACAAUGAUAUUAUUUCCCUUUACUUUGAUGAUGUCAUGGAUUUUCAGUCAGUGGAUCCAAAACUCAUUACCAUAUCAGAAUUUGAAGGUAGCAACAACUCAUACACUCUCAAGGGUCCCUAUGAUUACCCCAAGCCACAGUCAACCAUUGACCAGCAAGAUGACUUUGUCAUUUCGAUACCCCUUGCAUUUGAUGAUUAUAACGCCAUAAAGGCCAAUCUCAACCUUGCCACUGAUAUUUCUAAUACUUACAUCACUUUUCCUUCCACAAUAGCUUCUGAUAUCUACAGUAGAUCACGUAUUGCACAAGGGGCACCAUAUCCAAGUGAAAUCCAAGCAUUUCGUGUCAUUCCCGACACCACUGGAGCAAUACUUGUUAAUUUUACGCUGGAUUUGAACACACACGAACUUACCCUCAAUUUCAAUGAAGUUGUAAAUCCAGCCACCUAUACACCUGUUCACAUCACUAUACAGAAUGCUGAAAACUCUUCCAAUCUGACAUUGGUACCAGUAUUUGAAAGCCACACACUCAUCAAUGGUGUACCGACUGUCAAUGACACCAUGAUUUCAACCGUGAUUAUUCAGUUGGAUACAGAUGCAAGUGCCCUCAAGAUCCAGUCCAACCUCUCAAACACAAGAAACGAUACGUUCAUCACAAUCGAAGAGGGGGCAUUUCUUGACUCCAGUGACAACCCCAAUCAGGAAAUAGCUGACGGUGUGGCUCUUCAGGCCUGGCGUGUAGUUGAAGACAUCACUCCACCAUACUUGGAGUACUACGACCUCAAUAUGACAGCCAACACACUGACAAUGAAGUUUUUUGAGGCUGUUCGUCAGUUUGACCCAUCAGGCAUCACACUGUGGAGCAGUGAAUUCACUCACGAAGAAAGCCUACAACUCAGCACUAAUUCCGUGUUGGAGUUUGUCGAUUUCAGUGCAACAGUCAUUGUUCAUUUUACAGAAGAGGAUGAGAAUUACUUGAAGAGACCAGAGAGCAUAAUUGCUACAUCCGUUAACACCAGUUUCCUUACUCUGGACAGUUCAACCGCCGCUGUUGACUAUGUGGGGCUUGAAGUGGUGGAGAUUCAACCUGAAAGACUGCAAGUCCGAUUCUUUUAUGAAGAUCUCACAUGUAUGGGCCUAAUGGCAUCAGAGUACAUCAAUGAUACAACUCUGCCAGAACUACGCGAGUUUACCAUAGACAUGGACAGUGGGGUCUUUGUCUUGACGUUCUCUGAAACGGUCAAUAUCUCCACCUUCAAUCCAACCAACCUCACACUGAUUGACACAGCAGCCCCUGAACCACUCAUCCGCUACCGGAUUAGGAAUCCUGGGACAUUGUUUACAGAUGAUGACAGCCCCAUCAUUGAAUUCCGGCUUGACGAUGAGGACCUGAAUGCUAUUAAACUAGAUACUGGUCUCUACUCAGCCCUGGCCACAGCGUUCAUCAGCCUUACACCUGAUGCUGUCAUCGACAUGUCAGACAACCUUAUCUUUGCUGUAAACUUCAGCCAUGCAAUACGGGCAUCUGAGUACACAUUCGAUGAGACUCCACCCAUUCUUGAGAAUUUCGAACUGGAUUUGAACUCGAGUAGAAUUAUUCUCUCAUUUGACGAGGCCGUGAACCUACUCAACUUCAACCCGGCUGUCAUUACUCUUCAGAAUGCCUACGAGAAUGCCACUAGAAGCUACACACUGGAGGGUGUGAGAGCGUCUGAGACUGUGAGUGCCCUUGGCAGGGUUGUGACCUUCUCGCUGACACAGAAUGACCAAGAUAACCUUAAGGCCUACACGGACUUUUCCAGCAGCCCAAACAACACCUUCCUAACUGUCACAAGUGGACUAAUUACAGAUGUGAGUCGACUAAACAACAUGAACAAUGCAAUAAAUGAAUCUGAACCACUGACAGCACGAGAGAUUCACACAGACAGAAUACCUCCCCUGUUGACAAGGUUUCGUGAGUUUAACCUCGGCUCUCGUAGUUUCAUACACUUGUCUUUUCAACGAGCCAGUUAAUGUAUCAUCGGUAAUGUUUGAGAGUAUAAUCAUCCUUGCUACUCCAGGCAGUUCAAAUAACCACAGUCUCAUAAAUGGCACUGCAACUUAUGUCGAGGGUUCACUUAACAAAGACAUUGAAGUCGAGCUCUCUCUUGAAAGCAUUCUGGCGAUUAAACUCAACACAGACCUGGCCACAAUGACUGACAGGAGUGACACGUACCUUGCUCUGCUGGCUGGAGCCAUUCAGGACCAAUCUGGGAAUGAUAUUCUCACAUCUGAUACUCUGCAGACUGAGAUCUAUGUUGGAGACACAGAUGGGCCACAGGCAUUAGGGUUUGUCCUCAAUAUGGAUGAUGGUACCCUACUGUUGUCAUUUAAUGAUGUUGUCAAUGUGGAUACAUUUGAUGUGACGGGAAUUACUAUCCAGGCAGAUAUCGAUGGCAGAGCUGUGAAUGACUUUGUUCGGUUUGAUG